UGGGAGAAUGUACAUAAGCGUUUUCAUUUCCACUUGCGAAGAGGUCUUCGCGUUUUUGAGUCUUUGCGAAGACCUCUUCGCAAGUGGAAAUGAAAACGCUUAUGUACAUUCUCCCAAAGAGGAAAUGUAUUUGCGAAGUAGCUUUAUGAACACGUCUUCGCAAAGGCGAAUCAAAGAUACUGGCGUCUUUCCAACGGACAGAUUCCUUUGCGAAGUCACCUUACGAACACGUGUUCGCAAAGGGCGAAAAGCAUUCUCGGUUUCUAAUAGCAAAUAUAAUUACCUUUGCGAUGUAGCUUUACGAAAGGGUGUUCGUAAAGGCGAAAUAACUUCCUAUAGACACGAAUAUCAAAUCUAUUUGCGAAGUGGCUUUGCGAUGUGGCUUUGAGAGUGUUCGCAAAGGGCGAAAAAUGUUUCUUCUAUCUCUGUUUACUAAUCUAUAUAUUAUUUUCUCGUUUCUUUCGUUUUAGUCGAUCGUGCUGCUGCUAAACAGUAUCAAACUGAAUUAGCCAAUAAACGACAGACUGUUUCAUCAACAUUUCAAACUCAAACUUCACCAUAUUUUACUCUUCCACCAACGAAGAAGACUACAACAACAGCAACAUCUAUCUUUCAAAAUCGAAUACCAUUUGAGAAUUUAACUAAUAUCGUGCCAGUCCUAUCGUCUUCAACCGCACAAACACCACGUAUUAUUCUAAUACCUCCAUCAUCGUCUUCAACGUCACAACAACUGUCUUAUUCUUUCAUUCUAAGAUCUUUUAAUCCACCAUCCAUUUAUUUAUGA